AUGGCACCAAACCGCAGACCUACUACCAGGCAGAAGAAAGCUGAAGAAGAGAUUCGCGAAGCCAACUUCACUGCUGCUAUUCAGGCUAUCAGAGAGAAAAAGACCAAGAACCUCCGAACAGCAGCUGCAGAGUUUAAAGUCUCAUACCAUACUCUUUGUCGACGGGCACAGAACCUCACUAAACCUCAUUCAAAAGCCCACAAAAACCUCCAAUUACUUACUGAAGGGCAGGAAGUAACAAUAUGUGUGAACGAGUUAUGCGAUAUAGCUGCGGCCUUGCGAUUACCAGAGACUGGACUUAAGGCAGAGUUGCUCCAGCGAAUCAUGCAGUUCUUCGACGGCCAACCAGAACUCAAGAAAAACCAGCGGUAUGAGGGUUUAUUUAAUCCCUCUUGUUCUCGCAGGCGGUGUUACGACUUGGAUGGUAUCUGUUGGCGACGCUCAAACAGAGCGUGUGUCGUCAAUGGUCGAGGACGUCCUUGGGCUAGCCCAAGUUAG